GAAUUGUCAUAAAAGAACUUACCCUUUAAUAAAUGCCAUUACUUUAUAACUCAUUGAAAUUAUAAUUAAACAUGGCAAAUGGUUUAGGAACAAUCGUAUUUCUAUUUAUUUUACCAUUGGGAACAAGGUCAUUGACCCCGGGAGCUACUAGCAGUUAUAUUUCUGCACCAGGGAAGGUUUUACCGGGUCCGUUACCGACGAAUUCAUUCAAGGUCACACGGAAUGUAACCCUGGGACAAUGUGCCGCAGAUUGUUCAUUACAAUACCAUCUCAAUCAGUUUCAUUGUUAUGCGUUUGAGUUUGUACCCGUCACAAAGAUGUGCGUGCUGACCAAUGUAACAACACUUGUUCUAAAAGGAGGCUACCUUGGAUUGUUGGAUAAUAAAAAUAUGAACUACUUUGAACGGUCGAAAGGUGCUUAUAUCAAUUUAUUUCAACCGUACGGUCACCAAGUCCUCAAUGACCAGAAGACGUAUUUUACAAUAUUUCACAAUAUGACGCUCGAGAAAUGUGCACUUUUCUGUCUACUUGAAACGCGUGACACGUGCAUGUCAUUCUCAUAUAGUGAAAGUAAACGGGUGUGUGGACUGAGCAAAGUUUUCUAUGCCAAAGAUAACGGUCAAAAGUUGGUAUCCUCGGAUGACUACAAUCAUUAUCAGUAUUUCUCGUCAUGGCCUUGCAACGCCACCAUACCAUGGAACUACUCUCCACGUGCUAUUGCGUCACCGUAUUUCCCAUAUGCCUCGGUCACAGACAUCGACUGCUACCUGAAGAUAGAAGCUCCACAAGGGAGACAACUUGAUUUGGUUUUCUCCACCUUUUUUAGUCAAGACGAUUUGUGUCGUCAUCAAGAUGGCGGAAUAACAAUCUAUGACGGCACAUCCGAACGCAGUGUCGAAUUAUCAAGACUCUGUACUUCGGAUAACUUCGUAGAUAGUCGAUUUCGAUCAUCGGAUGGAUACCUUUACAUUCGUUUUGCAACAGGAAGCAUUCCAUUUGCCUUUAAGGCUGUCUACGACAUCAUUGAAGUCGAUCCGUGCUUGAGUUCUCCGUGUAAGAAUGAUGGCACGUGUAGUUCGGAUGACGGACUAUUUACUUGCACGUGUAUGGCUGGAUUUACAGGACAUGUUUGUGAAACAAAUAUAGACGAAUGUGAAAGUUCACCAUGUUUGAUGGGCGGGAAAUGUGAGGACAGGAUUAACAGUUUUAAAUGUAACUGUCCAAGUCUACUUGGUGGGGAAAGAUGUGAUAAAUUUGUCGGACUGUGCUAUUUGAGUCCGUGUAAAAAUGGCGGGAAAUGCACUCCAAGAGGAACAGAAGCUUAUAACUGUCAGUGCCAGAAAGAAUGGUCGGGCGAAAAUUGUACAAAGAGUGUUCCAGAUCCAUGCAAAGGCAAUCCAUGUAAAAACGGUGCCUCGUGCUUCCCAAAUUUCACAGAGGGGAAAUACACGUGCAGCUGUGUACCAGGCUUUACAGGUCAACAAUGCGAGCUGGAUAUAGAUGAAUGUGCCAGUAACCCUUGUUUCCACAACAUACCUUGUACUGACUUAGUCAAUGAUUACCAAUGCAAUUGUCCACCUUUCAUGGCAGGCAAAGGAUGUGAACUGUUUGUGGGAAGAUGUAGCGAAAACCCAUGUCAACAUGGACGUUGCAUUCCGACCGGAAGGCUAAACUACACAUGCGUGUGCGAGGCUUCUUACACCGGAAGUCAUUGCGAUUCUCUAUUUAUUAACUAUUGUGAUCCUAAUCCUUGCGUUCACGGUAAAUGUUCGUCUUACGACAACGGGCCGUCCUGUGAGUGCGAUUUUGGGUUUGAUGGUUUCCGGUGUAAUCAGAGGAUCAAUCAUUGUCAAGAUGUAAAUUGUACAAACGGGGAGUGUGUAAAUUCUGAUGUUGGCUUCAGCUGCAAGUGUAGCCCGGGUUUUGAAGGCAAAUACUGUAAUGACACUAUUAACCACUGUUUAAAUGCAAACUGUAAUGGCGGAUAUUGCAUAAACACAAUGACGUCAUAUUUUUGUGUUUGUACAGGAGGGAAAACUGGGCAAACAUGUGAUACCUCCAAAUACGCAUGUGAUCAAACAGUUUGUAAGCACGGGACAUGCAAACAAGACAAUGGAGCACAUUUUUGUAAAUGUGAUGAAGAUUUUACUGGAAAAGAAUGUGAUACUCCAAUAAAUCACUGUAUAAGUCAACCUUGUGAACACGGUACAUGUACGAGUGUUCUUGGAACUUUCAAAUGCACGUGCGAUGACAACUACACGGGUGAAAGGUGUGAUCAUGUUAUAGACCAUUGCAAGAAUAACAAGUGCAUUUAUGGAUUUUGCCAGAACUUGAAUGACAGUUUCCAGUGUAUAUGUGCUGUAGGUUAUCAUGGAAACUUUUGUCAGUACAAACCCAGCGAAGUAGAACCUACCUCUACAACCGUGAGGCCUUAUGAUUCAUCAAGUCCAGCACAUUCUUUCAUCGAUGUAGUUUCGUCAAGGUCACCAGUAAUGACAACUGACCUGUUCUUUUGUACAAAUGACACGUGCAAACAUGGUAGAUGUGAAAAAGAUUUCCCAAACGUUUGCUUGUGCUUGCCAGGAUUUUAUGGGGAAAGAUGUGACAAUUUUGAAGGCUGUUCCAAACAUAAUCCCUGUCACCAUGGAAACUGCUCUGAUACUUUAACCAGUUUUACAUGCCUUUGUGAAAAUGAAUUUGAAGGGGAACUCUGCGAGAAAAAAAUAACUUCAGCUGAUAAUUGUCCAGAUGCACCGUGUAAAAAUGGCGGGAAAUGUUUUUCUACUUCAAACAAUGAUGAUUCGUUCAGAUGUCAAUGUCAAAAUGGUUUCUAUGGUGUACAUUGCGAGACAAACGUUUUGUGCGAUCUAUAUCCUUGCAAGAAGGGGACAUGUGUAACAUCUGGUGGUUCAAUACGAUGUGAACUACAAACUAUAGCAGGCAAUGGCAAGUCAACUAUUGUGAAUAUCCCGUUUCAAAACGGUAAAUUUUACUUUUAAUUCUUUUCAAUAGAAACUUAGUUUAAAGUAUUUGUAUCACAAUGUUUACUAAGUUAUUUGUUGAGUUUUCUUUACUCAUAACAAUAAACAUGUAGUAGGUACUUAAUAUAUCCUUGUGGCGGUGCAUAUUGCUUGAUAAUGAUUUUAAGCGGAAUUGAGUUGUUUCUUUACUUGCCGUUUAGUGAAGCUUUGUUUUGCUACUUUGUUGCUAUUUAUCUUUGUUUUUGACAGCGUUUGCUAUGAUAAUCAUUUUCAGCAACAUUUUUAUAAUCAGCAUCAUUUUCAUUAUUUUCAUCAUUGUCAUCACAAUUUAUUGUUGUUAUCAUUAUUGUUGUUGUCGUUGUUGUUGUUAUUACAAACGAAUUAUUUUUUACAGGUUUAUACUUAUCACGCCUCCCCAUGAACUGUUUUUCGAAUACUACGUCGUUAUAUUUAUAUAAAUAUAUGUUUUUAUGUUUUAGACAUGUUUAUUUAUAGGCAAUCAUUGUUAAAUUUAACAUAGUCAGAUAUUUUUUUUUUUCAGAGAACAGAGUUAAAGCAGCACGCCUUCACUUUUUGUGUUGAGUUUAAUGAAAACAUAAAAAAAUGAUCUAAUAAGGAAAAAAGUCAAAAUGUACAAAUUAAGCAAUUUAUACUAAGGAAUUUAAUCAAAAGCCACAGAAAUUACCUAUAAUUAUAUGUUCAAAAUAUGCAAACAUUUCUGUCAGUUCGUUAGAAAAUAGGUAUAGAACUUUGAUUUGAAAAGUGUAAAUAACGUUAUAUUUUGCACAUUUCAUUCAGUUUAACCUUGAAAAUGCAAACAUUUCUAAUUUUCUCAAGUUUUAAUUAUCUAUUUUAUGUAUCUCGAGGCCUGUUGCUUUAAAGUUCUUACUACAUGUAUAAAUAACAAAAGGUCUUUUUAAAGCAGAUCCAACUAGCCAUGGACGUCCAUCCAAGAAAAAUUAUAUAUAGCAUUCUUCUAUGUUAUUUAGAAUAAUCUAAGUGCAUUUGUACUUCAGUAAUUCGCGAUCGUUCUAUUAUCAAUAUAUAAAAAAGUAUUUUAAAAAAUCCAAGU